AUCUGAAAUGGAAACACUGGUCAGUUGAUAAUACUACAGUUUGUUGUCAACAGAACAAAAUAAAUUGAUAAAAUCACAUUACAUUACAACCUUAAACUUCACUAGUGUAGGUACAAUGGCGGAGAAAGUAGCUGUCGUCACCGGAGCAAAUAAAGGCCUUGGUUUUGCCGUAGUCAAAGGUCUGUGCCAAAAAUUCGACGGAGUAGUUUAUUUGACAGCAAGAAAUGAAGAAAGAGGAUUGCAAGCUGUGAAAAUUCUCACCGAAGCGGGACUAAAACCACAAUUUCACCAGCUUGACGUAAGUGAUAAAGAAAGUGUGCGAAAUUUCGCCAAUUAUAUCAAAAACAUACAUGGAGGACUUGAUGUUUUAGUCAAUAAUGCUGCCAUAUUAGAAUGGGAUGAAGUUUAUCCAACUUACGAGGCGGCGAAACGAAACAUAGACGUAAAUUACAAAAGCCUGCUAAUUGUCGAAGAGUAUUUGUAUCCCUUAUUACGAGAUGGCGCUAGAGUCGUUAAUGUAUCUAGCGCGUGCGGACAUUUGUCAAAUUUAAAAAACAAAAAAUGGAUUGAAACUUUUUUGGGUCCGGAUUUAUCAGUUGACAAAAUCAACAAGUUUGUCGAUGAAUAUUUGAACAGUGUGAAAAACGGAACGUUUGAUAAAAACGAUUUUGCGGAUGAGGGAAAGCAUGCUGAACAUAGAGUAUCUAAAAUAGCCCUUACUGCCCUAACAAUGGUUCAACAGGCUAAAUACAAGGAUAGAAACAUAUCUAUAAAUGCAGCCCAUCCAGGACACAUACAAACCGACAUGGCACAAGGAGGGGGAGCUGUAAGUCCAGAUGAUGCGGCGCAAGUGAUUCUUUACCUCAUAUUUGACGUAUCUCCCAAAGUUAGGGGUACUUUUAUGUGGCAUAACAAGAAAUUAAUUGAUUGGUACGAUGCUGAAAGUGAUUUUGCAUGUAAAGGAAUUUGGUAAUAUUUUUAUUCAAUAAAAAAUUAAAAGGAAAAUGCUUGUGAUAUACUUA